UUGUAAUAAUAAGUUACAAUGGAAAGUUAUAGUGAGCCUGUUGAAGUCCAGUCCCUGGUCGAUAGUUUGAUGAUCGUGAGGCAAAUGGAAGAGCCUGAAGAGAGAGCAGAGCGGCUGAUGAGGGAGAAACAGAGGAGAAUUAAUGAGUAUGGAGAAAGAAUGAAGAAACUGAAAGAAGAACAAAGAAAAUUAAUGAAAGAAAAGCGAGAAAAGACCCAAAGACCACAACAAGAAGAGCUUAAGGAGAAAGUUAUUCAAGGACAAUGAGAUAAAACUGGCAGAUGGGAGAGAAUAACCCUUGGGUUUCGCAAUAAAAUUAAUGAUGCGAAGAAAAGAAUCUAUGCUCUUGGAGCUCAAUAUCAAGGUAUUCAAUCUGUCAAUUCUGAAGAAGUAAAGGAGAUUAAUGAGGAGCCUGAUAGAAAUGCAUCUUCUCUGGAGAAUCACGAGGAAGAAAAGGUUAUCCAACCUGAGGAUGAAGAACUUAAGACACUCCCUGAUGAAGACCACACAGACUUCACAGAUGAAGCCGACAGAAGGGCUGCAGCUGCCGAAGCCAGAAAAGAGAAAAUGAAGAGAGUCCUUGAGCUGAGGGAGAAAGCCAAAGAAAUGUACUCCAAGAGGAAUAUUGAUGAAAGGACUGGCAAUAGAGGAAUUAUUGGUCGAGUCAGAAGACAAAUGAGGAGACCUGAAUGGAACGGUAACGGAGGUAUGGUCUUCGAAGAGCUCAAAGAGAAAGAACUCGUGUUCAAGGAAAAACUGGACAUCGAAAAUACCCCUGACUCUGAACUUAUCCAGGACUACAAAGACCAAAUGAUCUUGAUCAGAGACUUCAUAUUAUUCAACAAGCGCAUUCCUGAUAAAAAGGUCAACCCUAAAGACUUCAUAGACAAGAAGGACUACCUGAGAAAACAGCUAAACUUGAACUCUUUCUCUUAUUACGACGGAAACAUGCACACAGGGUUUAAAAUCAUCGAAACAGUUAAUUUACAAAAGCUUUUUGUAUAUGACCCCGAACACGAAUGCUAUAGUGUAAUCUCAGGUGAGAAAGCUCCAACAGAUUCUACAGAUAAAGGAAUCUUCUCAUACUUUAACACUGAAGGGAGAGAAUGCAUCCACUGUACUGAGCAAUUCCAAAAGGGCGAUAUCCUAAUGAAACUCUCCGCUUGUGGGCAUACAUUCCACGCUGACUGUGCUGAAGAGUACAUGUACUAUAGCAACAAAUGCCCAUUGUGCAGAGCGAGGCUCUACAAGAAAUAACCGUAUUAUGAAAUUUAGUAACAAAUAAUUACGCAAUG